AUGGUGCAGAGCUGCCAAAUCUGCCAGGAGCAUCAGCAGACCUCACGUCAUGUGGAAAUCAUCCCCUGGCCGUUCCCACAGAGACUCUGGUCCCACUUGCAUGGGGAUUUUGGGGGGCCUUUCAAGGGUCAUUACUUUCUGGUGGUGGUGGACGCCUUCUCGAAGUGGGCGGAGGUUCUACCUGUCAUCACUCCAUCAGCAGGUGCGGCCAUUGCAGCGCUACGACAGGUCUUUGCCGCCCAGGGGUUGCCGGACGUCAUCGUGUCCGACAAUGGUCCUGCUUUCGCCAGCACAGAGUACCUGGCCUUGCUGAUGAGGAAUGGAAUCCGCCGGAUGAUGGUGCCGCCAUACCAGCCUGAUUCAAACGGCGCAGCCGAGCGGGUGGUGCAAACCAUCAAGGAAAAGGUCAAGGAGAGCCAGACUGCGGAUUUCCGGACGCAUAUUGCCUGGAUACUAUUCCAGUACCGGACCACGCCCCACGAUAUCACUGGCUAUGCCCCCUGUGAGCUCCUGCUGGGUCGGAUGGUCAAGACACCCUUGACGUCUUGCAUCCGGACCUCCGAUCCACAGUGCUUCUGA